AUGGCUUCUGCAACGCGUGGCGUGUUGCAGCCACCACAGCUGCACUUAGACAACGUAUCAGUGUGGCUCGCGAAGAUACAGACGUUCGACGAUUAUCACUUCGCGUCGGUCCUGAACGAGCACUCGGAGGCACAGGAAGACGAUGCGAAGAAGCUUGACGUCGUCAACAAGAGGUUUGGCGUCGUUAAAAAGGGGUUUGACGAGUACUUCAUCAACGACCGCUUCAUCAAGGAGUACUUCGUGAAGAACUGGUUUCCUGAACAGCCAAUGACGCUCGCGCGGGCAGAAGAGGUGCUGACAAUGAUGGCGCCGGUUGCGACCGAGCGGACAUUGGGCAGCUGUGACGUGCUGGACUGUCGAGAAAUGACCGAGGAACUACGCGCCACCCUGGACGACCGAGUUAGCCCAUGCAGCGACUUCUACCAGCACGUGUGCGGAAAGUGGGUCUUAAACCACACGCCCGAGCUCGGAGAGGCGCUGGUCUCCGAGCGUACACUGCGCCGUCGCCGACUCGAGCUCCAGCUGCUGCUCGAGCUGCGCGCGGGCACCGAUGACGGCUCGAUGAGAUGGCCGCUGCACCUGUGGCGCGAGUGUAGUACCACCACAGGAGAACCGCAUUCGCACGACGUCCUGCGCACUAUAUUUGCCAUGCACGGGCUGGCUGGCUUUCCUUUCGGUGCGGCCGACCGCCACAGGGACCUCUCCACCACGGCUGCCAAGGUGCUGUCGCAAUCGGCGAUCCCAGCGCUCGUCAACAUCGAGAUAGUCAAGAUGGCCGCGGAGGAUGUUCCGAUGACGGGUGGUCACAAACGCGUUAGCAAGAAGGCCAGGAAGGGCUCCUCGGUGACGGCUGCACGACCUCGUCGACGCUGGGUCAUCCGCGUGGGGGCGCCGCAACCACUCUUCCGGGAGUUUGUCAGCAUGCGGAACGUGCAGGAUGAGUGGUUCAUGGCGGCCGUGCAGAGCAUCUCCGUUCGCUCAACCAUCACGAUCGAGCAGGCGCUAGUCGACCUGGCGGUACAGCAUGCGGGCGUCGACGACUACGUGCAGAUUCCGGUGGCGCGGUUGCAACACUCGAGCCUGUGGGACUGGACGAGGUUUCUGCGCAUCGCAUUGCAAGGCGUCACCACCGUCGGAAGACGCACCACGGUGCUGAUCAAGGGUGGCUCCUUCCAGCGUCGCUUCAAGCAGAUCGUCGACAAGUACGGCUCGGCCAGCCUGCACAACUACCUUGCACUAAGGUGA